GCGAAGUGUCAAUUAGCCUAAGAAAAUUAGCAUCGAAAUCUUUGAUCAGACCAAAUAAUUCGUGUAGUUUUGAAAGUUGGUACAAUUAUUCCUAAAGAUGUCCAGAUGAAUAUACUAAAAAUCCCCGAUGGUGGGAUCGGAGCCGGAGGGGGGAGGGGGGGAGAAAGGUCUCUUUUUCACCUUAUUUUAUUAUAACUCCAAAACUAUUUAAAAUAUCUCUUUAGUGACUUCUACAUUAAUUAUCUAUAUUAAAUUUCCUAUAACUUAUGUUUACACCAUAUUACUCUACGGUCAAUACUUUAGGAGAUACAGAGUGUUGAAAGUGAUAAAAAUCGUUAAAAUUUGACAAAGACGAUUAGUCGCGCCACAGAGACCGUCAUAAUUCGUUGUUUGCCUCGCGGCCGCAUAGCAACUGGCAGGCCCGACGCUUGUGCGCUAAGCCCCUCCCGCGUCUCGUACCGCACACCGCCUGCGCACCCCCCCGAAUCUCAAGCCGGGUUCCCACGGCCCGUUGUUUCACAGAUCUGACCGCGCCUUUACAGGCCGACAGAUAGUGGGAAUGGUCGCAUCCGAUGUGGCCUGUGGUCGCCUGUCGUCACCCGUUCGAUCCGCCGGGAGUCGGUAAGUUCAAAGGCGCGGCGCGGCGCGGCGCGACGGUGCCUGUCGCGACCUGUAGGGGCGCGUCUGCGUCGGUUCAUUUCACCUGGGACAGCGAGUGCGCGUACACGCACACAUGAUGGAGUGGACGAACGAACUAAUAUUCGAAUUUUUAACUCUCUACGAAAAUGAACCAGCGCUUUGGAAUAGCUCGUCACCACAGCAUAAAAACAAGAACGAUGUCCAUGAUGCGUGGUCACGGAUAAAAACUAAUUUAAAAAGUGGAACUAUCCCUAUCAAGGAGUUCAAAAAGAAAAUUUGAUGUCUACCUACAGAAAGCUGAAAGUUAAAAUCAAGGAGUCUACGAAAACGGGUAGUGGCACCGAUGAUAUUUAUAAACCGGAAUGGCCAUUCUACGACAUAAUGGCAAAAUUUUUGGAUGACGUAUAUAAACCAAAAAUGACUAAAACUACAAUAAUGAUAACAGAUGAGAGUGAAGAUGACAGUAAGGAUGAACGUGACGAAUCAAUCCAAAAUUUAGAAAGUAGUGAAGAACAGGACAUUACAUUCAAAACUCCAAAAAUAAUCCCAAAGAAAAAAAGGAAACUAGAUGAGACUCAAAAUCGUAUGGAUGAAGCAUACACUUAUCUCAAACAAUUAGGCCAAACGUCACGAAAAGAUGUAUCUUCAUUGUAUUGUGAAUUAUUAGCAGAAAAAUUGAGGGGUCUACAGGAUGACACACGAGAAGUAGCCAUGUUAGAAAUAGACAAUUUGGUGUUUAAUCUGAAACGACGAGAAAAAGAACAACAAUUUCAUCAACCAAGUUAUUACUCUGGAGCGACUGCCAUCAUACCUCUGCGACCCUUGAGCCCCUAUCAUUCGCCACAGGAUUCACCAUCGUCUUCAUCGUACUCGCCGGCCUACCAGAGCAAUCCACAUACUCCCUCACAAGCACCAUACAUUCAAACCAUUCCUAAUCCACAACAAUCGCUAAGUAUCCAGUCUGCACAGGGUUCGCCAAGUUUUCCACCUCCAUUUCAUUCCCAACCAUCGUCUGCAUCGCAGUCUCCGGUCUACCAGAGCCCCAAUCCACAUACUCCCUCACAAGCACCAUAUAUUCAAACCAUUCCUAAUCCACAACAAUCGCUAAGUAUCCAGUCUCCACAGGGUUCGCCAAGUUUUCCACCUCCAUUUCAUUCCCAACCAUCGUCUGCAUCGCAGUCUCCGGUCUACCAGAGCCCCAAUCCACAUACUCCCUCACAAGCACCAUACAUUCAAACCAUUCCUAAUCCACAACAGUCGCCAAGUAUCCAGUCUCCACAGGGUUCGCCAAGUUUUCCACCUCCAUUCCAUUCCCAACCAUCGUCAGCAUCGCAGUCUCCGGCCUACCAGAGUCCCAAUCCACAUACUCCCUCACAAGCACCAUACACUCAAACCAUACCUAAUCCACAAAAAUCGCCAAGUACCAAUCAGACUUCAGAUAAUAUAUCACUAAAAGAUUUUUAUGAGUCUCAAAAUGUAGAUUUUUCUUGAAAUAAAUAUUAUUAAGAACGUAACAACUUACUUUUAUUUCUUCCCUUAAUUCUUGCAUUAUGGCUUUGCAGACGUCGUCAACGCAUCUUGAGACUGUUUGUAUUGAAACCUUAAAUAAGUAUGAGAGGCUUUUGUAACUAUCUCCAGUAGCCAGAAAUCUGA